UUCUGUGGUUCUAGGAGCGAGGAGAGCAACCACGAAGGUUCAUUGCUCCAUGUAAGACUGAUGGAAGACCAUGGUUUUGGCUGCAGCGAUCACUCACUCACUCACUCACUCUUAAUAGAGUUCUGCCAAUGAAUCAUGGAGUCAUCAUCUGAAGUCAAAAGAUCGGCCCAUGUCAUCACUAUACAACCAAAUGAUACAAUACUGACUGCAUUUCCCUAUGGACCUCAGAGCUCUCUGCUGGAUUUCCUGAAGGGAGAGCCAAAAGUCUUGGGGGCUCUCCAGAUCCUGCUUGCAUCGAUCAUUGUGGGCGUUGGAAGUAUAUUUGCAUUUAAUUACAUCAAUUUCUCCCAGAGGUUUCCCCUCGUUUUCCUCACAGGAUAUCCCUUCUGGGGAGCACUUAUUGUGAACAACAUACUGAUUUCACAAGUUUAUACAUUAUCCUGUGCUUACCACAAACGUAGCUACCACCUGUCGCCAGACAUCUCUACUGAGUAUGUUAUUACAGGAUACCUCACAGGAAUCAAUGACAAGGCAAAAUGUAUGGGACAAGGUGUCACGGCCAUGAAUGUUAUCAGCUCCUUGGUUGCAGUGGCUGGGAUUAUUCUAACCAUUAUCAGCUACAGAUAUCAGCACAAAUACUGCCAGACGCCUUCCCUCGAAGGAAUCUGUGUUAUAGGUAGAGUUCUUUACAAUGGAAUUUUGUCAGUCUUACUGAUCAUCAGCAUAGCAGAGCUCAGCAUCGCUGUGACUAUCGUCUCCUUCAGAAGCAAGUGCUGGACAAACUCCAAUGAGAUUGUAUUUUUCUUGCCUUCGGAUGUUACUCAAGAUAGUUCAUUAUCUGCCCCUGAAGAAAAUGCUGCAAUACAAUUUGAGUUUCAUGAACAGUCUUCUACUAAUGAUUCAAUAUCAAACACACAGCCUGUUUUCAUUGGAGGUUAUACUUUCUUCAAGUUAAGAAUCUCAAAAAAUCCUUUAACCUUUCGAUAUUCAAGGAGGAGAGGUAGCAAUACUUAUUAUACAUCUUCUGAGUCUGUGCUAGAUGAACAACGGAAAAGUAUCCCUCCACUUUCACAACUUUAUGAGGAAGAAACUAAACUGAAACUUUUUCCUCCUGCAUCAAAGAAAAAGCCCACGGAAAAUAUUCUGCCUACUACACAAAUAAAAGAUGAAGAUCUAAAAUCUGCUAUCACACAACUCGCAAAAAAACAAACCCAACUGCAGCAGUCCCAAGCUUUGCCAUCCCAAGUUUCUCCAUCCUAUUCUGUAAAAAAGCCCCAACAGUUAUCACCUAAAGACUUUCCAUCCCAAGCUUUGCCAGCCCAAGUCCUAGUAUCUGAAGCCCCAAAACCUCAUUUCAUGCAGCCUCAUGGCCUAACAUCAGAAGACAUGCCAUACCAAGACAUAUCAUCCGAAGACCAACAAUCCCUAGGCAUUGCACAUCAAAAUUCUCCUUAUCAAGACAUAUCAUCCCAGAACAUACCAUAUCAAAGCAUGCUAUCCCCACAUCUACCACCCCAAGACAUACCUAACCAAAAUCUGCUUUCCCAGAUACAAACUCUGCCUACACAAGUCAUGCUAUUUGAAGCCCCAACAUUCCAUGCUGCACAGUCCUCUAAUAUACAACGCCUAAAUCAGCAGUCCUUAGAGCUUCAACAACAAAACCAACAAUAUAUGCAAGCAGCAUAUCAAGAUAUGCAAUCAGAAGUCAAGUUACUGACCCAAGAAUGGAAAUCUAAGGAGGACUUCCAUAGCAGGAAAUCCUCAAAGUGGCAAUCCCUAGACUGGCAAAAUGAAAAUUCGCAAUCUCUAAAGUCACCUAAUUUAGAGCAACAAAACAAAAGCUUGCAAUCUCCAAAACAGAAAGCCCCAGACCAGCAAAUUCAAGGCCAACAAUCCCUAAAAAGGAAAUCCCUAGACCAGCACAUCAAGGAUUGGCUAUCUCCAAAGAGGCACUCUAUAGAUAAGCAAAUCCAAGUUAAGCAAGACAGACAGCAACACCUAGAUCAGCAAGCUGAGGUCCAGGUGGUCCAAUGGGAACAAUUACAAAGGCAAGGUGAAGAUCAACAGGACGGAGAGAAGCAAUCUCCAAUGAGACAACACAAAGAAAGACAAGAUAAAGCUCUACAGGUUUAUAAGGGGCAAGCCAUCAAGAAACAAAGCAAAUACCAGCAAACUGAAGACCUGCAGGUACAAGAGGAGAAAUCUCUAAAGCAGCCACAUCAAGAUGGGCAACUCCAAAUCCAGGAACACCAAGGCUGGCAAUUUUCAGGCCAACAAUCCCAAGAUUGGAAAGCUCAAGGCUGGAGAAGCAAAGACUGGAAAGUGCAGGAAAUGCAAUUAGAAAUGCCUCAUUCCCUAAAGUGGGAAUCUCAAAUCCAGCAAACCCAAGAUCUAUUAGAAAAAGAAUCCCUAAAGCAGAAGGCUCUACACCAAGAUGUCCAAGCUGUGCAUGCCAUAACUCGACCUCAACAAUUACAGAGCAUUCCAUUUCAAGACAGUCAGUAUCAAGAUAAGCACCAACAAGACCUUAAAUACACAGAUACCCAAAAAGAAGAUAUGCAUACAAACACCAUGCAAACAGACAACAAAUCAGAAGACAUGAAAAGUGAGAGCCAAAACCUAUACAACCUGCAGAUGGAAGACAAAAAGCCAGAUUGUAAUUGUUCCUCCUGCCAAAGCUCAGUGCAAGACACACAUUUCACCUCUACAUCCGAUAUAAACUCAGAACAAGAUGUUCAGAAAAACAUUUCAAUUUGCUCAACUACAUACCAAGAAGAUAUAACUUUAACUACCACCUCAUGUUACCCGAAAGACCAACAGCAUUCUGAAGACUCUGACUAACGUGCAUAAUCUACCCAAACGCCAUACUGCUCCCAAUUAUGAAAACAAAAUAAGGGAAAACAAUAUAGUCUCCUCCAACCUAUGUUCUCAAGCAUAGCUGCUACCUUUUUCACUCGCAGAAAACAAAGGCCAUGCAUAACACUCAAAGGAUUUGUCCUUAAUUAAAAUAAAAUGGUAGCUAAUAUUAAUGCUGUAUCAGAA